ACUUUCAAGGACAUCAUUCAGAUGGCUGGGGAGAUUGCUGACGGCAUGUCCUACCUGGCUGCCAAGAAGUUUGUGCACCGUGAUCUGGCCUGCCGCAACUGUAUGGUGGCACAGGACCGAACUGUCAAGAUUGGAGACUUUGGCAUGACCAGGGAUAUCUACGAGACGGAUUACUACAGAAAAGGAGGAAAAGGACUGCUCCCUGUGAGAUGGAUGUCGCCAGAGUCUCUCAAAGACGGCGUUUUCACCAGCCAGUCUGAUGUCUGGUCCUAUGGCGUUGUUCUGUGGGAAAUGGCAACCCUUGCCUCUCAGCCGUACCAAGGCAAGUCCAAUGAAGAGGUUCUGAAGUUUGUUAUUGACGGUGGAAUGCUGGAGAAGCCAGAGGGAUGCCCCAACAAACUGUACGACCUGAUGAAGCUGUGCUGGCAGUACCGUCAAAGCAUGCGCCCGACAUUCCUGGAGAUUGUUGAGAUCUUGUCGCCCGAGCUUCAGCCCCACUUUGCUGAGGUGUCGUUCUACCACAGCCUGGACAACCACGGCCGCGAGCCGCUGGAAAUGGACGACGUGGCGCUGGACUCGGGGGCGGACACCGAGACGGAGAUGUACCCCAGUGGAAGCGAGUUCUCCUCCACCCCCUCACCCCCCUGUGAGACCCCCUACUCCCACAUGAAUGGAUCUCACCCACAAAACGGAUCCAUGAACCUCAGAAUACCCAAAUCCACCCUCUGCUAAGCAGACAUUCACUUAUCCCUGCUGUAUCCACAAUGCAAUUCAGGAGAAUUAUACAGAUGUAUUGUGUAUAUAUAUAUUUGAAGAGAGUAAUAUAAUUUUGAGGCAGCAAGCUAUUUUUUAGUACAAGCUGUGUAAAAUCUAUUCAGUAGCAUCGGAACAAAUCAGAAGCAAUCCUGAAAUGCCAAGAGAACAUGUACUUACAAAUCCAAUGCCAGGAAUCCUGAUUACUACUUUACCUCAAUGUUAGACACACUGCCUUUGCAAUUUCUGCCACCUGUCCUGACCAGUAGCACCAUUGACACAGUUGUUACAGUGUAACAAAAACAAAAAAAAUCACCCUGCCAUGUAUCUACCUCAAUGUGCUACGUGCAAUGUAAUCAGAGCCAACAAAGCUUUCUAAGAUGCUUGCUAGCAAUCACCUACAGUUUACACCUGACAAGCAUGACCUAUGACAUACAUGUACACUGUGGAAAUAGCACUUGUUCUUGGCAGGGAUUGACUUAUUAAAAAAACAAAAAAAGAGGAAAUGAAAAGUACUAAUUGCAGGCACUUAACAUACCUGCUCUGCAUUUCUUAUUGGCAGCUAUUUUUGGCCAAAGGUUGUGUACAACCAAAGCUUGCGUACAACCAAAGCUUGCAUUCAGAUAGACAAUACAAAUCACAGGGAUACCAUAGAAGUCAUUUGCCAUUUCUUACACAUUCUUAAGACUUGGGUCUGCUCUAAUAGUGUUGUUUGAUUGGUCCUGUCAAAGAAUGAUGUCUGUGGGCAACCAAGCCAGCAUGGAGGUAGAUUUUUUAAGUUGUGCCAAAUUACCCAUGGUUCCUUGCUACAGACUCAUGUCUUCAGAUUGUUUCUAACAAUGCUUGGCAUUUUGUGAGAUAUUAUCAGUGUAUAUUAUUUUAUUUCUUUUUUCUUUUCUUUUUAGUCAUGACACCUCUGUGCCACUGGGGUAUAUGAUAUUUUCUGGCACCUUGGUAGAUGUUUUAUUGAAUCCAAACAGAUGAGCAAGCAGCUUCCAAUGCAAAUGGUCAGUUUCAUAGCAAAAUGGAAAAACUGCUUUCUUGUGGAGGGUCCGUAUGGGGAGUUUGGAGUAUUCUGACGUCCAGGAGUUUUGAGGCGUAAAUGUGGGGGAGAUGUGAGUACACGUGGGAUGGGGCGCUGGCCGCACGCAGCCACGAUGUUAAGAUGUAAAAGUUUCUCAUAUGGAGUGUGGCUGCCGUGUGACAGCCGGCUCGUCAGAUGUAUGUUUCCAUUGUACUGAUUUCAUGUGACGUUUGAUGAAGUUGGGAGAUUAUUUUUUCUUCUGUAUAUAAAUGUGAGAAUAAGUCAGAGCCUAAUGAAGGAUUAUUUUCAUAAUCUGUUAGUUUUGAGUUUUCUAUUUAAUCCAGAUGCACGAAAGGCUGUAGACAGUUGUACUAACUCCAGAAGAACUCAAUGUUGGAAGGAAGUCCAACACUUGUAUAAUUAAAGAAGUAUGUUUCAGAAGAAAUUGUAGUGUAAAUAAUGUGUGCAAAAUGAAGCUCUCUUUCUGAAAUAUUUGUUGCUCUAUGGAUUAGAGAUGUUGAACACAGUAGGUACAACUCCUCUGUACUUAUUAUAGACAUGUGCUACCUCUGGUAAUGAAGGCCUUUGUAAACCUCAGUGUAAAUUAUAUGAUCAAACAUGACGCAAUGACAGAGCCUGUGUAAUCAAAUGGCAUCUUCACUUAAUAUUUAUUUUUAAUAUUAUGAAGCCUUUGACAGAGAACAGAUGUUAGCGAUGAUCAGAGAUGCAAAUUGUAUAAUAUCUACUGUACAAAGUUUUCAAAUUCCUGAAUCUCAGUUGCAGAGGUAGCAACAAGAUCUGUCCUCUCGCUCUAUAGUACUCCUUGUUGCAGCCAAUUCAAGCCAUAAGCUUUGCACCUCUUUGUGUCUGCAAGUGUACCCACAAUGCUGUGCCAAAUACAAUGCAUGAUGGGAAGUGAUUUUGUGGUACAGUGGAUCGUGCCAUCUACCCCCAUGGGGGUAGGACAUCAGGAGGCAGACAUGUACCUUUUCUGGUAAAUAAGCUUAUACCUUGCAGUGCCUAGUAUUCUGUUGUAGAAACCAGUGUUGUGUGAAGUCUGUAUUACAGGAAAUGUCACCAGGGCAUGGUUGGCCACUACUUGUAUCCUGACUUAGGUAGUUUUCCAAUGGCUCUCUGUAUUACCCGGUAGAUUUCUUGGAUGACUUAAUUCUAGCUGGGAAAGAAGCCCAGAAAGAUAGAUGAACAAAACAGAUGUGUCUGUCUGAUAUACACUGCUUGUUGUACCUCUGUUCUUGUAAAAACAUAAUAUUGCUAUUAUGUAGUAGAUUCACAAAAUUAUAUAACAUUGAAGCUGUGCAAAGGUUUAUUUCCUUGUGUCCAGACAACACAUGUAAAUAGAUGACAAUGAACUUGAGGGCAAGGUUAUUUUUAUCAUGGAGAAAGAAUUGUUGUCAUAUGAAGUUGUUUGAUAGGAUAAAUGCUAGUGGCCAAUCACUGGUGAUAUGAUCUAUUUUAAGUUGUACUGCUGUACUGACUCAGCACCAAAUUAGGAUUGCUAUCUCUGUAUAUUGUGUUUGGUCUUACACACACACAACCUAGAGGUAAGAUGUAUAUGGCACUGCAGACAAAAUGUAUAUUUGAUAAAUAAGUUUGAUUUUCCUGACUUCCAAGUUCUCUGCCUUUCCAAUAUUUCAACAAAAUUCUGCAAAAUAAAGUUUUAUGCGUAAA